AUGACUUGCGAUCAAGGAAGGCCGUGUCAGCGAUGCAUAAAGCGUAACAUACCCCACUUAUGCCACGAUCCACCUAGCAAGAAGGAUGAUAAUGAUUUGGAUUCAUUCGAUGCACAUACUCAGCCCAUACAGCCCACUCAGUCCACUUUAGUACAGCCCCCACCAACCAAUACCAGCCUUGGCUUUGAUUUGGAGUUCGGCGGUAGCUUGGAUGACUUGCUCAACGCACUUGGAAUGCCUGAAAAUCUUCAUCCCAACUCAAUGUCUAACAAUAUACCUUACGCAGCGGCAUCCACUAGCACCACCAACACUAAUGGUAUAUCCCGUGCUCAAACUCCAAGCUACAUACAGAACCCGAAACACCGCUUCUUCUUCACUGCUGCUAAUCCACCGAUCCAUUCCACCAGGGAGGAGCGACUGAAAGCUGUCCUUACUGCUAAACACGAAGCUGGUCUACUUAAACCAUUUAAUUACGUCAAUGGCUACGCUAAGCUUGGUAACUACCUUAACCAAUCUGUUUCACCGCGAAAUCGAGUGAAAAUUCAAUCAUAUUUGUCACGUAUCAGAUCACAAUUCGCUAACAUCGCUUCUAAUCUCUCGGAAUGGGAUCUCACAACUACAGAAGAGAGUUUUGAGAGACUGCUACUCGAUUACGAUAGAGUCUUCUCCAUGAUCGCCCUACCUAGCUGCUGCUGGAGACGAACAGGUGAAAUAUACAAAGCUAAUAGGGAAUUCGCAGAUAUAGUGGGUUGUGACGUCGAUACACUAAAGACUGGCGAAAUCAGCGUACACGAGUUACUCGACGAGGACAGCUUGACAAAUUACUGGAGCAAAUACGCUCAGUUGGCAUUCAAUUUCGAGAGUAAAGGUGUUCUUACUGCCGGAUCGCUUAUCAAUAAACACAACUCCGCCUCGAUUCCUUGCAAUUUUAGCUUCAAUAUUCGCAGAGAUGCGUUUGGAAUACCGCUCAUGAUCGUCGCAAACUUUAUGCCACUGUCGUAA